GACCCAGACUCUAUGAUUAGUGAUGAAGAGGGGCCUGUAUUUUGUUGGCGCUUGCGCGAUGUGAGGUGGUUCCGCAUGCGCGGUGGGGUUGAGUGAAGCGCACGCUGAAGAGGACGGCGGCUGGUUCGGGUGUAUCAAAUCUGAUCUCAGCGGUUGAAGAGCGCGACGCGGGACUUUAGCGCGUGUUUCGCACACAAACCUCAGAAUGCCGGGUUUAAGUUGUAGAUUUUAUCAACACAGAUUUCCUGAGGUGGAAGAUGUAGUGAUGGUAAAUGUAAGAUCCAUUGCUGAAAUGGGGGCUUAUGUCAGCUUGUUGGAGUACAAUAACAUCGAAGGCAUGAUUCUUCUUAGCGAAUUGUCCAGAAGGCGUAUCCGUUCUAUAAACAAACUCAUCCGAAUUGGCAGGAAUGAAUGCGUGGUUGUCAUUAGGGUGGACAAAGAAAAAGGAUAUAUUGAUUUGUCAAAAAGAAGAGUUUCUCCAGAGGAAGCAAUCAAAUGUGAAGACAAAUUCACAAAAUCCAAAACUGUUUAUAGCAUUCUUCGUCAUGUUGCUGAGGUGUUAGAAUACACCAAAGAUGAGCAAUUGGAAAGCCUAUUCCAGAGGACUGCCUGGGUCUUUGACGACAAGUACAGGAGACCUGGAUAUGGUGCCUAUGAUGCAUUUAAGCAUGCAGUCUCAGACCCAUCUAUUUUGGAUAGUUUAGAUUUGAAUGAAGAUGAACGAGAAGUACUCAUUAACAAUAUUAAUAGGCGUUUGACCCCACAGGCUGUCAAAAUUCGAGCAGGUAAAUGAUUUUUACAGU